ACUGACUCUGCCGGCACUGACAACAUUUAAAAAACAAAAAAAAACUCUAACUGGAUCUUCUUUUUGCUUCUGGAAGACACAAAUGUUGAGGAUUAAAGACCUUCCUGCCGCCGGGCAGGGGUCUGGGUUUUUGCCUCUGACAGAGUGAGAAGAGGAGGAGGAGGGAGGAGGAUAGCAGCAGUUUUUCCCCCACAUCUUUGAGCCUCUGCUGGAGUUUCUUUGGUGGAAGAAUGGGGGCAGGAGCUAUGACCAUCUGUCACAACCAGACUGCAGUGUUGGUCAAAGAAGACAUGAAGAAGAUGGUCCAGAUACCCAUGCUGAGAUCCAGGGCCGUGGCGUCCAAGAACACCAAGAUAUUCGGAACGUCCCUGCUGGAGCUGCGGGAGCAGGGCCUGGUGGAGGAUGGAGUGCCUCUGGUGGUGCAGAGGAUGGUGGAACACCUCAGGAAGCACGCGCUGCAUCAGGAAGGUCUGUUCAGAGUGAACGGCAACGUCCGGGCAGUGGAGACCCUGAAGCUGCGACUGGAGAGCAGCGGCGCCGCCGGCGACGACGACGUGGACCUGCUGUCGGAGUGCGAUCCGUGCACCGUGUCCAGUCUGCUCAAACGCUUCCUCAGGGAUCUGCCGGGAGGCCUGGUCGUCCCCACAGUGCAGCAGAGGCUGAUACAGCACUAUCAGGACAGUGGAGAUGAUGUUUCCUCGUCGGUGAUUAGAGAUCUGCUCCACCAGCUGCCAGAUGUUCACCACAGCCUUCUGCGCUACCUCUGCAACUUCCUGACUCUGGUGGAGAGGAACCGCGAAGAAAACCGCAUGACGGCCAACAACCUCGCUACCGUCUUUGGACCCAGUGUCUUUCAGGUGGCUCCCAGUUUUGAGGCAGUGAAGGAUCAGAAUAUUUGCAAUAAGAUCAUGGUCCAGCUCAUCCAGAACUACGGCUGCAUCUUCGAGGCCGAGGGCCCGGACGAUGGGAGCCACGCGGAGGAUCUUUCUGCUCUCAGACUCGUCAAGGCUAAGUUGAAAGAAGAAGACUCGAGAAAAUCAGCCAACCAUCUUAAUCCAGAUCAACAGAUGGAAGCUGAGCUUCAAAAUUCACUCGAAGACAUGAAACUUCUGAACAAAAGCUGCACUAAAACGCCAAAGAGAAAGAAGACAAAGGUUAAAAAGGGGAGGAACGACGGCGUGCCUCAAGUUGUUUGUCAGCCCAGACAGCCUGACGGGUCGCCCAGCUCAAGGUCCUUCUCCAUACCAAUAGUUUUACCGCUGACCUCAGAGCUGAGGAGUCCAAGCCCGGAGGUGACGGACACAUCCCCCCUGCCAGAACUGGACACACCAAGAACUGCUUCGCCGCAUGUUGACUUCAGCCUCUCUGGCAGCACGGAGGGCCUCAGCAGCUCCCAGGAUGAAGACAGGCCAGCGUCUCCGUUCUAUAUGAGUAACCACCUCUCCCCUGUCCGCUGCAGACCAGAUGUGGUGAAAAGCUUUCUGGACCAGACCAUUCGCUCAGCAGUGGAGCAGCACCUCUUUGACGUAAACCCCUCAGCAGAGCAGCAUUCAGAGACCCCGCGUCCUUCGAGCCCGAGGGGGACGCCAACGGCCCGACAGAGACGUCGACAGCAGAGGGAGCAGCAGGGGGACAGCCCCCGACACAGAAACCGAGCUGCGAACACCAGGGCCGACCCCAACAAGGAGAACGUCCCGUCGAGCGGCAGCAACGGUUCGGGGAGCGUGGGCGAGGACACGGGCAGCGGCGCGGACUCCGGGGGGGGCCAGAGCGGUCGUGCUGAGCGGACCUCCAAACCCAAGAAGUCCAAACAUUGCCCGACUCUAGUGCAGCUCACUGACAACCAGGCCGCCCACGCGCUUAAAGAAUGUGCUGAUGCAAGACCUGGAGAAAGACACAUGGACGCACUUCAUAAAGGGAAUGAAAAUUCAAGAAAAGACGGAUCUGGAUCCACUUUACCAACGCUAAGGAUGAAGAUCCAGGAGUCGCCCGUCGCCUGUGACGCGGGGAGGAUCGGAGGCGGGGAGGUGCGCGCCUCGGAGCCGGACCGGGAGGACGUUCCCCGGCUGGACCUGACAGCUCUGACCGAGGACAGCAGCUGGGGAGAUCCCCCCUUUCCUAACUCCUGUUUCCUCGAUUUCAAAAGCAUUUUCCACGCCGGCUGUUGCGAUGAGCCCAUCCCGGCGUGCCCGCUGCAGAGGGAGAGCAUGGACCGCGAGGAGGCGCGGCUGUCGCCCCACGCCGGGGGACGCCUGAUCCGCCAGCUGGUGGAGGAGGACAGCGACCCGAUGGUGUCCCCCCGUUUCUACGCCUACGGACACAGCCAGCAGUACCUGGACGACCCGGAGGUGCCUCCUUCGCCGCCGAACGCGCACUCCUUCAUCAGUCGCAGACGAAGUUCAUCUCUGGGCUCCUGCGACGACGAGAGAGAGGAGUUGACCUCCGCCCAGCUCUCAAAGAGGAUCCACGUGCUGAAGAAGAAGAUCCAGAGGUUUGAGGAGAGGUUUGAAGACGAGAGGAAAUACAGGCCGUCCCACGGCGAUAAAGCUGCAAACCCAGAAGUGCUGAGAUGGCUCAACGAGCUGGCCAGGCUUCGCAAGGAGCUGAAGGAACGCAAGCUGCUGAAGUCCGAGGAGGACCUGCCGCCCGUGACGCGCCAGCGCAGCAACACGCUGCCCAAAAGCUUCGGCUCCCAGCUGGAGAAGAAGCUCCAGCAGGAGAAGGCGCCCAAGCCUCCGGUGGAGAGCACGCUGGAGGCCAUCUUGAAGAAGCUGCAAGAGAAGAGGGAGGAGAUGAACCGGCCCGAGGACAUCAAGGAUAUGACACGGGAGCAGAUCGGAGCAGAAAAGGUGGCCAUGCAGAAAGCCCUGCUCCACUACGAGAGCAUCCACGGCCGGCCUGUGACCAAGAGCGAGAGGCAGAUCAUGAAGCCGCUGUACGACCGGUACCGGCUGGUGAAGCAGAUCCUCUGCAGGGCCUCCACCAUCCCCGUCAUCGGCUCCCCCUCCAGCAAGCGCCGAGGGCCCCUCCUUCAGCCCAUAAUCGAGGGUGAAACCGCGCUCUUCUUCGACGACAUCAAGGAGGAGGAGGACGGCUCGGAGGACGACGCAGACAUAAAGCCUCAGUUCACAGAGAACAUUCAGCCCGAGCUCGGCGUCUUCAGCUUCAUGGACGAGGAAGUCGACGGCUUCAUUUCCCCCGUGGACGACCUGUCCCCCUCAAAAACCACGGCGGACAUGGGGCUGUCCAACCUGCACUCGGCCACCAUGCAGGAACUCCUGGAGCAGCUUCAAGAGACGAGAGAAGAAAAGAAGCGGAUCCGCAAGAACCUGAAAGAGUUUGAGGACCAGUUCUUCAGACAGAACGGAAGAACCGUCCAGAAGGAGGACCGCUCCCCGCUCGCAGACGAGUACCACGAAUACAAACACGUGAAGGCCAAACUGCGACUGCUGGAAGUCCUCAUCAGCAAAAGAGACUCUACUAAGUUCAUCUGAGAUGAUAUCCAUUUAAAAAAAAUAAUAAUAAACUGCUAGGACUGGUGCUCAGUUUCCUGUGAUGCAAACAUCUCACUCUGUUGGAAUAAAGCGGGAACAAGACGCUGCUCUGGGAACAGACGAAGCCGGCCGCUCCUCCUGGGAAGUCCUUCUCCGCCGGACCUCAACGCCGAAGCGAGAUUCUUCUUCAGCCAAGGCGGCGCGCGCACAAAUAAACCUAAAUCACUGAUAAUUUAUUUCCAGCUAUAUAUUUUUUUCUUAUGUUAAACUGUAGAAAAACCUUUUCAAAAGUAAAAGCCUAAUAUUAUUAUUUAGGAGAAAAUAGUCGUGAAGAUUGUUGCUAUUUUUGAAGGACUUUGCGAUGAAGACGCGUAUUUAUGCAUAUUUUUCUAAGGGAGAUGUUACCGUUUGUAUCAGUUUCCACGCAAAUUGAAUAGCUUCAGUUAUUUCAGUUCUGGCCACCAUUUAACCGUCUGAAAUGAUCUUUUUUUGUUUUUGCUUCUUUAGAAGUCGAAUCGAAUACUUGCUCACUAACAGAAAUGGAUUUGUCUUUCACUACGGCCCGAGUAGCGGCACUGAUCACUCAAACUGCUCGUUUCUGUGGCCACUUUUUAGCGUUUGGUGGGAAACCGUGUUCGCUUCUCACUUUAUGGCGGAUAAGCUGGUCUGUAGGUCACUGUGGGUUUUUUUUUUUGUUUUUUUUUUCACAACGCUGUUCAAAGCAGACGAACGUGCAGGAGAGGACGUGGCCGCCCGUUUGUUUCUCUGUAAAUACGGAUCACCGAGUAUGUUUACGUUUCUGUGAGCGAGUCGUUUUAUCUCCUUUCUUUCUCCAAAAUGGAUGAUUACCUGUGUGAAUUUUGUUUUCACUUAGUGUAAACACUGGCCAGGCUUAACAAAUCCUGAGUGUGUACAUUUUAGUACAUAAAAUUGUAUUUUGUAUAUAAUAUGAAUUAAAUCAUAUUUUUACCGACA